AACGACAAGAGCUCGAACGUAUCAUGUGGUGAACGUUGGACACGUGCAAUCCGUCGGCGCUCUCCCACACGAUGUGGUGAAUAGCCAUGUGUCCAACGUUGUAAAGUAUUCGCCAUAUCGUGUGGGAGCGAUUUUAUUCGCUUGGAUUUGAUUAAACUUUCAUAUGAUGACAGUUUCUCGAUGGUUUCUCGUUUUGCUGCUUCGGCAUUCUUAACCUACAAAAAUUAAAUACUUAAACAUUCCAAAUUUUCUUUAGACGUGUCACUAUUUUUCAUUAAUUCAAAAAUGCGGAAAACAAUGGCGGAAGUUCACCAUAAUUAUUAGAACUGGUUGUAUUCCUAACACCGAUGUAAAUUUUGCAUACUAUCAACAGUAACUUUUUUUAUACAUCCUAUUAGUAGUUCUUCAUAAACUCGAAAAUGGAGAAAAAAGAAUCUACAAUAAAAAUGCUCAAGUAUGUGAGUCUCAUAACAUUAACCUUGCAAAAUGCUGUACUAGGUCUCAGUAUGCGAUAUGCGAGGACUCGACAAGGGGAUAUGUUUUUCUCAUCAACAGCUGUUCUGAUGUCAGAAGUAGUUAAACUAAUCACCUGUAUAGGCCUUGUGUAUGUCGAGUCAGGUGGAAUCAAAAAAACAAUUGAAGCAAUUGACAGACAAAUCAUAAAGCAACCAAUUGAUACACUGAAAGUGUGUGUGCCUUCAUUUGUCUAUGUAGUGCAAAAUAAUUUGCUGUAUGUUUCUGCAUCAAACUUGGAUGCUGCCACAUAUCAGGUGACCUAUCAGCUAAAAAUUUUCACUACUGCCAUCUUUUCUGUGUUCCUACUGAAGAAAGAGCUGUUAAAAACACAAUGGAUCUCAUUAGGAACACUUAUAGUUGGUGUGAUUUUAGUACAAUUAGCUCAACAGGAUGAGAAACAGACUAACUUAGAUAUUCCAGAACAAAAUAGAUUCUUAGGAUUUAUGGCUGCUCUUACAGCCUGUUGCUUGUCGGGGUUUGCUGGAGUCUAUUUUGAAAAAAUGUUAAAGGGCAGCGACACAACCGUUUGGAUUCGUAACAUUCAACUGUCCUUCUGCUCAAUACCGUUCGGCAUGUUGUCCUGCUUCGUCUCGGACGGAGCGCUCAUAAGAGAAAAGGGCUUCUUUUUCGGCUACGACGGCUUCGUACACUACCUAGUACUCCUGCAAGCGUGCGGGGGCCUCAUAGUCGCCGUUGUGGUCAAAUACGCGGACAAUAUCCUCAAAGGUUUCGCCACUUCUUUGGCCAUUGUGAUCUCCUGCGUUUCUUCAAUUUAUAUCUUCGGCUUCCAUUUGACGGCGCAAUUCACCUUAGGGGCGCUCUUUGUGAUAUUCUCGAUAUUUUUGUACGGUCACCAGCCAAAGAAAGUGGUUGGGUCUUUGCACAAAGUUUGAGAGAAUGAUGGUGUGUCGUUUUUUAUAAAAGGUAAGUGCUGUUUGAAAUACAUGCCUACAUUUAUAGUUUUAUGUUCAAGUUGAAGCAAGUGGUCAGUAUAUGAAACUUCAUUAAAAAAGAAAACAUGAAUUACAUAUUCAAAUAAUGACUAUGCGGUGUUGAAAAAUACCUAGACAAAUUUACUCAAUGUCGGUUGACAUUGAUAGUUUGGAUUUUAACAAAAAUUAUCUUCAAUAUUUUAAGUCUCUUUUCCUUGUAGAACAAGGUAUUUUAAGCUUUGAGAGAAUAAACUGGCUAUAGAAACGACUAAAGUGUAUUCAAAUCUCCGAAUAUUAUUUACUUCCUGCCAAAACAAAUACAUGUGCCUGCAGUUUAAAUUGGCGUGCUUCUUUUGUCUAGCGCACCAUAAAUGCCCAGCCAGGCAGCGACCAGCAUUGGAGUGCUCAUGUUUGUUUUGACGUCGAGUAAAUUAGGUUUGAAUAGACUAAAGUUUCCUCCCCCCCAGAUUGCUCGACAGUUGGAGUAUCAUGUUGAAUGUAAUUUUUUUUUGUGUAUUGGCACGACGUGGAAUUUUGAGAUUAUUGUGAUAACGUAUUGUUGCUACCAAGUUUUCCCUGAAAGGUUAGUGAUUGAGGCGUAUACGAAAUUUGAAACAUGGCAGCAUAUUUUUUUGAUUGUGCAAUUUUUAACUCCCAGUUUGAUUAUACUUUAUAAAAGUAGUAUUUUAUGAUAUGGAUUUUUUUAUAGAUGCAGGAAAAACAUUUCCUGAUAACAUUUUAUACAUAUAUGUAGCUGUAAAUAUAUUGUAGAAAAUGUUAAGAUCUGUAAUAUUUUUCAUGCCAGUAACCUUUGUUAAGAUAAAAGUAUUACCUUACUUUAUAAUUUCUUGUGCACAGUACUUAAAAAUCUCAUUAUUAGUGAUUGAAUAUCUCAAUCUCAAUUGGUUAACGUAUUCUACCUGAAGAAAGCCAACCUAAUACUAUACUCCACGUCCGAGAAAUUAUCCGAGAUGAAAUGAGAUCCCGUAGCGUCAUCUACGGGAAUUUGUUUCUGCUCUCCAGAAUAAUCUACUUUGAGUCAGUUACUAUCUCAUAGAUGAACGUAAUGCUUUAUGAACUGAUGACGUUGUUGCGUAGGACGUGCAGAGGCAACCUACUUGAUGCCAUUUUUAUGUGCAGUAUUAUUUUUUAUCACUCCUAUAAUCUUAUAUUGUUUUAUAAUAAUUACUGAAACCUGUGUUCUGACGUUUCAUAUCUGCUAGGCUGACAUGAAUAAAAGUUAUUAUUAUUAUGGUUCACUAUACCGACAUCUAUGAGACGCUAAGCUUUUCAAAGUAGAUAGCUAGUUAUUGCAGAGAGGAGAAACUUAGCUAUGAGAAAUUCUCGUAGAUGACGCUACGGUAUCUCGUUUCAUCUCACAUAAUUUUUCGGUCGCGCGAAUUUAGCAUUAGGUUGCUAUCUUCGGUAGAAUACUGCAAUCAAUUUUUGUACGGAUUAUAUUUCUUAUUGGGCGAACAUUUGUGAAAUCGUCUCCUAUAAUUUUAAUAGGAUCUAUACUAUGUAUUUUUGUUAUGCUUUUUAAAAUAUAUUUCUUUUAUUUCGCAC